UGGGCGGAGGUCGGGCUUUGGUCUCCCCGCGGCCCCGGGCACCCCGGGGUCCAUCCUGUAGCCAGAGCUGGCUUUCCCGGGAGGUCAGGCGGAGUUUCGGGCCUGCGUCCCCCGCGGGCGGCCCAGCACCAGGGCUGGGUCCCGGGCUGCCCAAGGCCGCUUCCCGCUCCCCGGGGGCAGUGGCGGCCGCUGGGCAGCGGCGCGGGCGGCCCAGCACCUCAGACCUUGCCUGUCCCGCUCUUCCAGUCGCCGGGGUGGCGGGCCGACCCGGGGGCGGCCGGUGCAGACGACCGCCAUUCCCGUGUCGCUCCGCCCGCGGGGGCCGCCCGAGCCGGCCACCAUGCCGCUGGGCCUGAAGCCCACCUGCAGCGUGUGCAAGACCACGUCGUCCUCCAUGUGGAAGAAGAGCCCACAGGGCGACAUCCUCUGUCACCACUGCACGGGCCGGGGCGGCGGGGGCGGCGGCGCAGGGGUGGCGGGCGGGGCCGGGGUCGCCGGCGGCUUCGGCGCGGCCGCCUUCGCCAGCACCUCGGCCGGCCCUCCGCAGAGCAACGGGGGCGGGGGUGGCAAGCAGAGUAAGCAAGAAAUUCACAGAAGGUCUGCUCGGCUCAGAAAUACCAAAUACAAAUCUGCUCCAGCUGCUGAAAAGAAAGUUUCUACUAAAGGAAAAGGGAGAAGGCAUAUUUUUAAAUUAAAAAACCCUAUCAAAGCUCCUGAAUCUGUUUCUACCAUAAUUACUGCAGAAUCAAUCUUCUACAAGGGAGUGUAUUACCAAAUUGGUGAUGUUGUUUCUGUGAUUGAUGAGCAAGAUGGAAAGCCGUACUAUGCUCAGAUCAGGGGUUUUAUUCAGGACCAGUACUGUGAGAAGAGCGCAGCACUGACCUGGCUCAUUCCUACCCUUGCCAGCCCCAGAGACCAGUUUGAUCCUGCAUCCUAUAUCAUAGGGCCAGAGGAAGAUCUUCCGAGGAAGAUGGAAUACCUGGAAUUUGUCUGCCAUGCACCUUCUGAGUAUUUCAAGUCAAGGUCGUCACCAUUUCCUACAGUUCCCACCAGACCAGAGAAAGGCUACAUAUGGACUCAUGUUGGACCUACUCCUGCAAUAACUAUUAAAGAAACAGUUGCCAACCACUUAUAGUUACAAAGCCAAACCUGAGGCAUGUUUAGUUAGCAUGUAUGAAGCUUUGGUUUUAAUCCCUAGAACAUACACACACACCCCAAAAUAAAACCAGAUUUCCAUUUUUCUUA